GACGACCGACGACCAAUUAUUGCCGACGACCGACUUUUGACACAAGGACGGUACUGAAGAACUGACGAACUGACGGAGAGAGACGGCACUGACGGCAGGACAGAUGAAUUUUGCGGCCGAAAACUCGGCUAUGAAGAUGAGCAGCUCAUUAUUUUGAGUGACUGAGAAAUUGGAAUUACACGUACAUAGAUAAAUAAUAGGCUAACUUAAAAAUGGAUGAUCACCAAGGGAAAACAGAAUUUUCUAAAUAAUCAUCAAAUUUUGCUCUUUUCAAAUUGCGUCAUGCUAGUCAAAGGCUAAAAAAUGAAGUUUCCUGGCAGAAUUAACCAAUUUGUGAUAGCGCUGAUUAUCGCAGUCAGCAUUGUGGUUGUUUUGAUUUCCUCGAGAAUCUUCAAGUCUUUCACUGAUGAACGAGAAGACCCGGAAAUCAGCUGGCUAAUCCGCUUGUUAAAUAAUAUUUUUGGAUACCUCAUUGUAAUUGUCCCCCUGUACCUUGUGCUGAAAUUUGUGCACUUCUCUGGGUACUUGGACGUUCCUGGCAUUGGUGCUUUGCCUCGACUGAUCAGGCGAUGUUUUGCUGAACCAGUGCAAUUAGAGCUUCUUGACUCGGGCAGCGGCGUCAGCAAAAAUCAGACCAGCACAAGCACAACACCAAAACUGCUGUUCUGCGUUUUGGGGCUACUCAGCUCUUACCUGACAUGGGGUUUCCUGCAGGAAAAAGUCAUGACAAGGGAAUACGUGAGUGCAAAUGGCGAUGUUGCAAAAUUCAAGGACUCUCAAUUCCUGGUCUUUGUUAAUCGCAUUCUGGCGUUUUGUCUGGCUGGAAUUUACUUGACUGUGAAACCUGAUGGCUCCAACAGGUCUCUGCCCAUGUACAAGUACAUGUUGUGCUCCCUAUCAAACAUACUGAGCUCUUUUUGCCAGUAUGAAGCCCUGAAAUAUGUCACUUUUCCUCUACAGGUGCUUGCAAAGUCGUGUAAGGUUAUCCCAGUGAUGAUUAUGGGAAAAUGUGUGUCGAGCAAGAAGUAUGAAAACUACGAGUACAUCACUGCCGUCAUGAUUUCCUUGGGUAUGGCGGCGUUCUUGCUCGGCCAGGAAAGCACCUCUGCCAAGGGGAAAACAGUCGUUGAGACCACAUUACCAGGUAUCCUUUUGCUAAUCAGCUACUUGACUUGCGACUCUUUUACAUCCAACUGGCAGGGUAAGCUUUUCUCCCAAUACAAAGUGUCGUCGGUUCAGAUGAUGCUUGGAGUCAAUUUAUUUUCUUGCUUGUUGACCACUACAUCCCUGCUUGAACAAGGUGCUUUUCCUGCGGCAGCUGCAUUUAUGACAAAAUUUCCUGCGUUUGUGACUGACUGUGUCGUACUGUCGAUUUGCUCGGCUAUUGGCCAGCUAUUCAUUUUCUACACCAUUUCCCAGUUCGGUGCUGUGACAUUCACAAUUAUCAUGACCAUAAGACAGGGACUGGCAAUAUUAUUGAGUUGCAUCUUCUAUGGCCAUGAUGUCAGUGUGAUUGGUUUCCUUGGAAUCAUAUUUGUUUUCCUGGCAGUAUUUUUGCGAAUGUAUUGUGCACAACGGCUCAAGGCCAUUCGACAACGCAGACUUGCCCAGUCCUCAAAUUUAGCUGUCUAAAUUAUUUAAAUAAUUUUUUAAGGAUUGAUUUUUAUUCCUUUACAACAGUUAUGAGUUUUGUAUUUAAUGCUUUGUAUUUUAUUAUAUUCAAUAUAUAUGGCAACUUUUCAAAUCAACAAAAUAUUAAUAAUUGUACCAAACUUAAUAGAAAUGCCUAUUUUCAACAAUUUGUUAUUAUAGUUACAAAAAUAUAUUUGAUUUGAGACGUCAUGUGAUUCCUGAGUCAUUCAUA